UCGAGUUCCAUGCCCCCGUUAACGGAAUAAGCUAAACACUUUUUCUAAAGCGAUUAGGGUUUGUGAAUCGAUGAUGGAUGGUUUAGGUAUGGGGAGCAGUAUGAAUCAAGCUCCUCGAAACGGUGAUCUUAACAAACUCGUAGCCAAUCCUACAGGUGAUUCGGUGUUUGAUGCAUCUCAGUAUGCGUUUUUCGGUAACGAUGUUGUGGAUGAGGUUGAGCUUGGUGGAUUGGAUGAGGAAGAUGAGAUUUUGUCUUUCAAUGGAUUAGCUGAUGAUGGCUUUUCGUUUGAUAAAGAAGAAGAGGUUGGAGAUUCUAGGCCUUUGUCUGAUGUUGAUGAUCUUGCUGCUACUUUUUCAAAGUUGAAUAGGGAUCCUGAUGUCUAUAGAAACACGGGACCAGUCACUGAUAAGAGAUCGAGCCAGAAUUCUUUGGUACCUGAGUGGGCUCAUGGGGAGGAGUUGCCAGAUUGGUAUGGCCAGCAGAAGCUAAAUUUGGGUGCCAUCAAAGAUGACAAGGCGUGGUCGGCAACACCUUUUUCUGCUUUGGAUCCUACAAGGACAACGCCGUAUCAUGAACCACAACGUCAGCUGUAUCAAAACCACAAUCAACAACAGUUUCCCAGUGAGCCGAUCGUUGUCCCGAAUUCAUCUUUUGUUUCAUAUCCUCCUCCUCCAGGCAGCAUCUCACCAGAUCAGCGCUUAGGACACUCAUAUCAUUCUGGUGGGUCUCAAAUGGGAUCGCCAAACUUUUCUCAGUUCCCAAAUUUGCAGCCUCAGCUGGCUGGCAUGCAUCAUGGGUCUCCCCAACGCUCUGGAAACAUGCCUCAGUUUCGUCCCGCUCUUCCUCCGAAUAAUCGUCCUCCGGGUCAAUGGAUGAAUCGUCAAAAUGUGCAUCCUGGUGAUAAUUCAGGGAUCAUGAAUAACGCGAUGCUACAGCAGCUACCUCAUCAUAACGGUUUGAUGCCCCCUCAGAUGCAGGGAUCUCAGAAUAGGUUACAGCAUCCAAUGCAGCCUCCUCACGGUCAUAUGCCAGGAAUGCAGCAGCCUCAGUUAUUCAGUCCCCACCUUUCUCGAUCAUCAUCUUCUGCAAGUUAUGAUGGCAUGCUUGGGUUUGUUGAUCCAAGGGAAUCAAGACCAGGUUCGGCUCAAGGCAACAGACAGAACGUGCGUUUUCAUCAACAAGGCUUUGAUGGUGGCUUUCAGAGGAGACAUAGUGGGUGGCCUCCAUACAGGUCUAAAUAUAUGUCAGCAGGCGAGUUAGAGAAUAUACUGAGAACGCAGCUUGUUGCUACACACAGCAAUGAUCCCUACGUUGAUGAUUACUACCAUCAAGCCUGUCUUGCUAAGAAAUCUGCAGGUGCGAAACUGAGACAUCAUUUCUGUCCAAACCAUUUGAGGGACCUCCAUCCACGGGCACGGACAAACAAUGAGCCACAUGCUUUUCUUCAGGUCGAUGCUCAUAGUCUUGGUAGAGUUCCUUUCUCUUCAAUCCGCAGGCCUCGUCCCCUUCUUGAAGUGGACCCUCCAAAUUCAACUAAACCUGGCAAUCCGGAGUCUAGGGCUACCGAUAAGCCCCUUGAUGAAGAGCCCAUGCUUGCAGCUAGAGUGUACAUUGAGGAUGGUCAUAAUAUUCUCCAUGAUGUUGAUGACAUAGAUCGUUUCUUGGAGUUUAGCCAACUCCCCGAUGGUGGAAACCAGUUGAAACAGAAACGGCAAGCUUUGCUGGAUACCCUUGCGGUUUCACUGCAGCUAGUUGAUCCCCUUGCCAAGAAUGGGCAAAGCCUGUCCCAAGAUGAUGUCAUCUUUCAAAGGAUUAUCUCUCUUCCAAAAGGUCGGAAACUACUUAUAAGGUAUCUUCAGCUUAUUUUCCCUGGCAGCGACCUGAUGAGGAUUGUUUGCAUGGCAAUUUUCCGUCAUCUGAGAUCUUUGUUUGGUGUCCUUUCAUCCGAUCCUGAUAUCGUCAAAACCACCAACAAGCUUGCAAACGUUGUAAACGUGUGCAUUCACAAGAUGGAUUUAGGACCCAUAAGCGCCUGUCUAGCAGCGGUUUCCUGUUCUUCUGAGCAGCCACCGCUCCGACCUUUAGGCAGUCCUGUCGGAGACGGAGCUUCCACGGUGCUGAAAUCUACACUCGACAGGGCUUCUGAGCUUCUCCGGGCUAAUAACUUCAACAACGCGGGCAUGGCUCUGUGGCGUGCUUCCUUCAACGAGUUCUUCAACCUUCUGAUGAGGUAUUGCAUCAGCAAAUACGACAGUAUCAUGCGGAGUUUGAACUCGCAGUUGCCACCUGAGUUAGCUAGUGAGAUAUCUGAUGCAGCUGCACAAGCCAUUGUCCGUGAAAUGCCCAUUGAGCUUCUACGUUCGAGUUUCCCCCACAUUGAUGAACAGCAAAAGAGAUUACUAAUGGAGUUUUUGAAACUAUCUAUGCUCGGAAGCAGCCAGAAAACCGAGCCAGUCUUGAAUUGAUAGUUAUAGAAUCAAGAGACCAUACCGUAAUGUCUGUAUAUGAGGCAUAAGAUGAUGCGGAAACAGUAAACAAGAAAGGUAGAGAGACUGUUUUUGUGUCUUUUAGGAGAAAAAAAAACAGCGAAGAAGUUUGGUCUCUGUACAGAGAAAAAGAAAGUCUUUAGCUCUGCAGGAACUUUGUAGCCAAGGCAUUAUGUGUUUUCUGUGUUAUGUCUAGUUCAUGUCAUUGUGGUUUUUUUUUAUAUUUUUGUUUUGAAACCUUCCUUCAUGUUUUUGAUGAUUUAUCUUUCCUCUUCUUUCUAUGUUUUACCAAAUAAACAUUUUGGGGGUUAUUAUGCUUUAGUAAUGAGUUAUA